AUGCAAUCACGUGAAACUGGCUAUAAAGCAUUAUUUAAGGAUCAAACAACACCAAAAGAUAAAGUAUCUCAUAUCGAACUUGAACUAUGGCUCGAAAGAAAUCUUCGAGAAAGAGCAAGAAAUUCAAAACGAGGUAGUGAAGAAAGAAUCAAGAUUUUUGUCGAAAUGUUAGAAAAAAUUGCGGCAUCAGAUCCAGUUUUCGGUUGUUUUAUAGAUAGAGCCUUAAUUGAUAUUACUGCAGAAAAAGAAACUGCUCCUACAGAAGUUCAAGCGUUGCAAAGGCUUAUAGUGCAAGAACAGAGACUAGAUCAACUAAAAACAGAAACUCAAGAAAUAGAAAAAGAAAAUGAACAGUUGAAAAGGCAAUUAAACGAAAUAAAUCAUCAUAUAGAAAGACGUCAGCAAGAAGUUACAGACUUAGAAGCUACAAUGCGUCAGAGAUCUGAUUUGUUUGAAAAACAAAGACAAUUAAAUGAUCAACUAAACAAAUUAUUCAAAGUAUUUGACGACCCGCUUAUUGUUCAUGAAGAGAAAGUAGAAACAGAUGCACCACAAAUUAUAUCUCUUCGAAGUCAUAAUGAAUCUCUUAGAGAAAAAGUUUUAUCUAUUCAAAAAUGUAUUGCCAUUGCAGAAGAAGAGAUUCAAACAAUCAAAUCUCUCAAAUAA